CUUUGUGGUUGAUCUGUGAUCAUUGAUGUUAAAUUGUUAUGUAAAAUUGUAAUCAUAAUUUUUAAAUCUAAUUAUUAUCUUAACAUAAUAAUAAUACAUUUAAUAAUUUCGGAAACCGAAAAAGUUAAAUUUCACGUUAUUGCUAAAAUUUUGAAUAUGCGAUGCGUUUAUUUGGGGCGAUAGUAGAGUUACUUGUGUAAAGUUAUAUCGGAGUCUUUACAAAAUGUUUCGUAAUUUUAUUAAAGUUUUAGCGCCUUACAGGGACAAAUUAAGUCGUGCAGUGGGUGGUAAUGGAACUGCUUUUGAAAAAAAUGCAGUGUCAAAGGAACAACAACUUACAGAAGUUCUGAGGAAAUCUCUUCCUGGCAUUACAUAUGUGAGUGUGCAGGACAUUUCAGGAGGCUGUGGAGCUAUGUUUGAGAUUAGUAUAGAAGCCAAGGAAUUUGUGGGUCUCUCAACUGUGAAACAACAUAGACUCGUCACUAGCUCCUUAAAAUAUGAAAUAGCUGAAAUGCAUGGCAUUAGAAUCCACACCACACCAUCAUCAGAUUAGGUUUUUUAGUUACAGUAUCCUUGGUUACCUUUGCUAUGACUCUAAUUUUGUUUUGUAAAUAUUUCAUGUUGAAUUUAGAAGUUAAAAUAUAUAUAUAUAAAUAAAAGUGACUUUUUGAACAGUCA